AUGAAAUAUCGGUGUGUAUUUUCGAGUUUAUCUUGCAUCGCAAUCAUAGGUAUAUUUUUUCAGAGAAUUAAGCGGGGCAUUUGCAGGGGGAGAAACAAGCCCAGAAAGACUCCCAAAGCUGUUGACUCUGACUCUUCCGAAGAAUCUCUAAAUAAAUGUGAACACAUCGAUACCGAAGACGUCGGCGUUAAUUCCUAA